AUGGAUUCUAACCAGGCAUCCUCGAUUGGCUCUUGUUCGAGAUUUCAAAAAGAGGACCCAUCGCGUACGCCGUACCUACUAAAUUGCUACGUGCCUACUAGACUGCUAGUCUAUUACCAUUCGAUGGUCGUCGCUCUAGAGGCUACCGCCGACAAGAAAUCGGUUAUCCAGAAUGAUCGCAUUGCAUUCUCGUCCUUUUGGGACAUUCCAAUCUGA